AUGGCCACAGGCCCCAAUCUCAUCAUUGUCUGUGCGGAGAAUAUUGCUCUAUCCCACCUACUUCGCAGUACCCCGGCACCCCCGUCGCGCAAUGAGGCUGAAUUUCUGUCGGCGCUUAAAAGACGCUCUACACUGCCUUUCGACACGGAGCGCAAACUGGUCGGCACACUAGCUUUCGUUGCAUAUAGGAAAGACGAUGUUGAACAUAUCCCAGCUUUAUGUCUAGAAGAGGAUACUGUAUCAGGCUGCUUGAAGGUGAUAUUUGCUGUGAAUAAAGUGAGCUAUAAUGAUGGAGAGGAUGCGAUUUGUCGUAUCCAGCAGGGACUAGAGCAUAUAUUCGCAAUCCUUGCGACCGUUUCUGAGUCGAGUCGCUAUGAAGACAUGGGGAACCAAAUCAUUACCGCUGUUGUUUCCAUGUGCUCGUCCCGCAUACUGUCUCGGUUGCGACUGGGCGUUUCUGCGAGAAACACAACGAAACGCCCCUUUAAGGACACCCUUCGAGAAGCUCUGCUAGCUGUGAAGAUCGUUGGGCAGAAUCUAAGAAACAAGACACUGUUGGAGACUGUACGCAGCUUUACCAUGAGAGCGAGAGAAGCUGAGAAGCUUCUUGACUCGUGGUCCCAAUAUCAGGUUGACACACGUUUAGUAGGAGUUGUGGAAGGCAUUUAUCGACUGCAGCAGGUCGGGGGACUCGCUGAUUUGAUUCACAUGAUUCCAAAUAAGGAUAUGGACCCCUCCUCAAGGCGGAGUUUGUUGAAUAUUGUGAACAAGAUCGCCAGGUAUUGGGAGGUCGCGAGGUUCCUAUACCGUACGGCGAAGAAAUUUCCGUCGGCUCGAGCAAUGAGAACAGCCCCUGUUCGCCUUCCCAAAGAGUCGUUUUCUAUCCCUGUUCCCAAUGAAUAUGCUCCUGAUUUGCGGGCAAAGAUCGCCGAAACUGCUCCGAGAGGCAGUCAACAGAAGCUCCUCGAAGAAAUUUGCGCAAUAUUGAAGAUCAGUCAGCAAGACGCUAUCAACAAGUUGGAGGCUCCCUUUGCUACCCCAACUAGCCGAGUUGGAGCAAAGGCUUUGCAACGCUCUAGAGGAGCAUUGGCAAGAAACGUGUGGAUCACUUCUGUCCACUCGCCGGGGGUCCAUCUACCCAGAUCCGAACGAGAGUACCUUGUUUACGCUUCCAUUAUCUAG